CUCUCUCUCUCUCUCUCUCUCUCUCUCUCUCUCUCUCUCUCUCUCUCUCUCUCUCUCUCUCUCAGCUUUGGAUUAGUAACCCCGUUGACAGAAGUGACACCCGCGUUUUCUCUUCUCAGAUGUAAACAAAGCGGUAGAUUCCUUCCAGCUGGUGAUAAAACUUCCUCUCGCUCUCCCUCACUCUCCCACGUCACGGAAGUAGUGAUAUAAAGCACACGAGGAGGAAGUGAGAGGAUAUAUAUAAUGCUAGCAAUGGCAACCCUCCGAUCUGGCAAGCAGGUUGGCGGCAGCAAUGGCGGUGGCAGCGGCAGCAGUGGUGAGGUGGACGGCAGGGACAGAGGGGCAGUACAGGCUGCGGACAUCAAAGAGAAGAGGAACGCGCGGACAAGCAAGGUGGUAUUCGGUAGUCUGAUCCUGGACCUGCUCGGCUUCACGGUGGUGGUGCCUCUGUCUCCUGCUCUCCUCGACUGUUACUCCAAGCACGACUCCAGCGGCUUGUAUUCCUCUCUGCUCUCCUGUGUUACUUAUUACCAGCAUAUCAUCAGCGUUCCUGCGAGGUUCCACUCUGUCUUGUUUUGGUGUCCCCUCAACCCACAGGCACUGAUUGGCGUGACAUUCAGCAUAGGCUUCACCGUCGGGCACACUGUGGGGGCUGCGUUCUCCCGCUGGGGAAGUACUGGGUGGUUCGCGGCCUCGGCUGUCUACGCACGCACUCUCACUGUGGCUAACAUAAUAUUCUUUGCUGUCUUCUUCCAGGAAUCGCUGCCUGAGGGCAGAAGGAGGAGGGACAUCGGUGCCAGUUUGACCGAGGCUUGGGAGGUGAUCAAUCCUAGGGCUCUGUUCUCCGUCAGCUGUGUCAAGGGCCUGGGCAGAGAACUCUACCUGUUCCUGUAUUCCAGCCUGGAGUUAACGCUGAUCUUCGCGACCCACCACAAGCAUAGUUAUGACUCGUUGGCGCAGGACCACAAGUUUUCCUUCCUGGGCCUGGUCAUGGCAAUUACACAGAGAGGGUUUAUGCGAAGUGUUAAGACUGGAACUGAAAAAGCAACUGCCAAUUAGGCACACACCUACAUUGUGAUGCAGCUCCUUGGAGGUGGAGAGCUGGCUGCCUCAGAGGAUCAGGAAACACGAGAGGUUCACAGAGGCUCGCCUCGGGCUUCGGUCGUCGUGAGGAACCUGGUGUCAGCAGUUCACUACGUGCACAGGAAAAGCAUCAGUGUUCACGGAGACCUAAAGCCAGACAGGGGUGAAAAGGGUUGGUGUUGAGGAUAGACAGAAAAGAAAAGAAAGGAAAGGUAAAAAAAGGAAGUUUUUUUGCAUUGAUUUUCCAUCUGCUUAUUUUAAAGAAUUUAUUGCAUGGAAUAUUAUUGAUCUCCAUCAUUUGUAUGGCCUUUAUAAUAAAAAGUAUGAAUUUAU